AUGUGGGGCGUGUGUCAGGGAGCUUCAUCCUCAGGUCCAUGCAGCAAGAGGAGGCUCUUCAUCGCAUCUGGUACACUCUCAGGAGGUGGCGACUCAUCUCUUGGCGGAUCGUCCUCUUCUCGACGACAACUUAUUUGUCGAUCAAUCAGAGAUGAUUUACUUGAUGGAUUGCAAUCCUUUUAUCACGAAUCAUUCAGUAAUUUUAGUAGCAAUGCUCCGCGAAUCGUGUUGAUGAGAUUUUCGCCGAUGAUCCAGCGAUUCUCGUUGCUUAAUCCUUCACUAACGAUAUGUAGGAAAGUCGCGAUAAUCAGAUAAAAAUAUAUGAAUUUUGACUCUGGGAGGAUUCAAACCCUCACCGGUCACCCCACAUUUGAGGAAGGUGUGACGUGGGUUUAGUCCCACAUCAGUUGUGCGUCGAUUUUUCGGACGAAUAUAUAGUAAUGUUAGCUUUAUAAGCAAAGUCACUACUCUUACGUGUAUGACCACUCCUUGCCCCACAAUCGGCUGGCCAUUGGUGACGUGGAAGGGGAGUGGCGCAUAUGUUCCCCUAUUUAUCAGUCCAAGCCAAGCCACUCGAGCCCUUACUUGCGGCUACUCCCCGACUACGCUUCCAACCCGUUUGUGGGCCCAGUUGGCUGAUGAGUCCCCCCAUUUUGCAAUAUUUUUUAUUUUUUAUUCUUUAUUUAUCUCAAAAGUAAGACUGUAA